CCGCGGCGGAGCCGCCGCCCGGGCACGGCGGCAUGGAGGGCAAGGCCGGGGAGGCGGCGGCGGCCAGCCCCGAGGCGGGCGCUGUCCCGCCGCAGCGCUCCAAGCCCCCCGACCUGAAGAAAAUCCAGCAGCUGUCCGAGGGCUCCAUGUUCGGCCACGGCCUGAAGCACCUGUUCCACAGCCGCCGGCGCUCGCGGGAGCGGGAGCAGCAGCAGCAGAACCCGCAGGACUCGCUGCCGCCGCCGCCGCCGCCCGGCGCGUCCGACCACGAGUCCCCCGACGAGAAGGAGCGUUCCCCGGAGAUGCACCGCGUGUCCUACGCCGUGUCCCUGCACGACCUGCCCGCCCGGCCCACCGCCUUCAACCGCGUGCUGCAGCAGAUCCGCUCCCGGCCCUCCAUCAAGCGCGGCACGAGCCUGCACAGCGGCGGCCGCCGCGCCAAGAGCGGCUCCCUGGAGCCCCAGAAGGGCAGCCCCCACCUCGGGCGCAAGGCCCCCCAGGACAGCGGCCUCACGGCCAUCCUGCAUCAGCACCAGGGCCGGCCCAGGUCCUCCUCCACCACGGACACUGCCAUCCUCCUGGCCGAGAGCGGGGCCGUCUACCUGCUCACCGAGGACACCGAGGGCCUGGCCGAUAAGCUGGACAAGGGGGACGUGACCACUCUGAACCUGCCCCCGGGCGCCGGGCACGGCGACGCCGACGGCACCGUGUGCCUGGACGUGCCCGAUGGCACCCCCGACCCGCACCGGACCAAAGCCGCCAUCGAGCACCUGCACCAGAAGAUCCUCAAGAUCACGGAGCAGAUCAAGAUCGAGCAGGAGGCGCGGGAUGACAACGUGGCCGAGUACCUGAAGCUGGCCAACAACGCGGACAAGCAGCAGGCGUCGCGCAUCAAGCAGGUGUUCGAGAAGAAGAACCAGAAGUCGGCGCAGACCAUCGCGCAGCUGCACAAGAAGCUGGAGCACUACCACAAGAAGCUGAAGGAGAUCGAGCAGAACGGCCCCUCCCGCCAGCCCAAGGAUGUGUUCCGGGACAUGCACCAGGGCCUCAAGGACGUGGGGGCCAACGUGCGCUCCAGCAUCAGCGGCUUCAGCGGCGGCGUGGUGGAGGGCGUCAAGGGCGGCCUCUCGGGGCUCUCCCAGGCCACCCACACGGCCGUGGUGUCCAAGCCGCGCGAGUUCGCCAGCCUCAUCCGCAACAAGUUCGGCAGCGCCGACAACAUCGCCCACCUGAAGGACACGCUGGACGACGGGCACCCCGAGGAGGCCUCGCGGGCGCUCAGCGGCAGCGCCACGCUGGUGUCCAGCCCCAAGUACGGCAGCGACGACGAGUGUUCCAGCGCCACGUCGGGCUCCGCCGGCGGCAGCAACUCCGGCGCGGGGCCCGGCGGGCUGGGGAGCCCCAAGUCCAACACGCUGGACAGCCACCACAACAACUUCGACACCAUCCUGGAGGAGCUGCGGGAGAUCAAGGACAGCCAGUCCCACCUGGAGGACUCCAUGGAGGACCUCAAGGCGCAGCUGCAGCGGGAUUACACCUACAUGACGCAGUGCCUGCAGGAGGAGCGGUACAGGUACGAGCGCCUGGAGGAGCAGCUGAACGACCUCACGGAGCUGCACCAGAACGAAAUGACCAACCUGAAGCAGGAGCUGGCCAGCAUGGAGGAGAAGGUGGCCUACCAGUCCUACGAGAGGGCACGGGACAUCCAGGAGGCCGUGGAGUCCUGCCUGACGCGGGUGACCAAGCUGGAGCUGCAGCAGCAGCAGCAGCAGGUGGUGCAGCUGGAAGGGGUGGAAAACGCCAACGCCCGGGCCCUGCUGGGCAAGUUCAUCAACGUCAUCCUGGCCCUCAUGGCCGUGCUGCUCGUCUUCGUCUCCACCAUCGCCAACUUCAUCACGCCGCUCAUGAAGACCCGCAUGCGCAUCCUCAGCACCGCCCUGCUCGUCCUCCUCCUCUUCUUCCUCUGGAAGCACUGGGACUCCAUCAGCUACUUCCUGGAGCACGUCCUGCUCCCCAGCUGAUCCCGCAGCUCGGGGGGGAGGCUUUCCAUUUCCCGCCGAGGAGAGGGAGGAGGGCACGGGGGUCCAAAAGCCUUCGGGGUUGUUUCUUCACGCGCUCGGUCCGGCUGCUUUCCCGGCCCUCGGUGGCCGCCUGGAGUUGGAGUUGGGAUCCCUCAGUCAGUCCUCUGGGGUGCUUGGGGAGGGUGGGAUGGGGAACGAGGAGGAGUUUUGGAAGACAUUUUUGGUUUAUGGGGCGCUGGGUUUUUUUCUAGGGGGGUUUUGGAUGGUUUUUUACCCCGAAGUCCGUGGGAAGGAGAUCUUCUGCAGGGCUCUUCAGGUGGUGGGAAGGAUUGAGCUGGACCAAGCCUGGCUCCGGGAGAGCUUCCUGCAGAGAGAGGAGAGGGGUUAAUUGGGGCUGGGUUUUCCCUUUCGUCCUUGACGACCAAGGUGGCGAAAAGCUCAGUUCUGGGAUGGAGCGAAAGCAAAGCACGUGGUGAUGGAGAAAGCGGGUCCAAGGCAAACACAGCAGGACACACACGUCCCACCAGCCUCUCCCGAGCCCAGCACAGCCCAGCCAGGACAGAGCAGGGCUGUGACAGCGUCCUGGUGUCCCCACAGGGGCUGGGCAGACACAGGGGACCCGGUGCUGCCGACGGCACCGGCACGAGCGAGAUCCCCUCCGCUGGUUUCAUUUAUUUAUUUCCCAGUUCUUUGGCUUUAGUUGAUCCAAUCUCUUCAGGGACACCUGGACUUUCUGGCAUCACGCCUCUGAGUUCUGCAGCCUCUGCCCCGUGUCGUGUGUGUGUGCGUGUGUGCGGUUUUUAAUUUAAUUCCAGACUCUGUUUCCAUUUGUGAAUCAAAGCUGGUGGGGUACAGGGGUGGGGGAGCAGCUGCCUCCCAGCCCCACCCCAGAGCACAGCAUGCUGUCUCGGAUGUUUCUUAAAUUAUUUCAUACAUA